GGUAAUUCUAAUCACGAGAAUUCUAAUCACGAGCGAAGGUCGGUUGAUUAAGGCUAUCGCAUACAUGGACUUGUGCAAGGAAUGCAAGCUUAGGUGGACAAGGGAAUCGCAGCCAUGAUCAUGGAGCCACCAUCCUCACGCGACGACCCUGUGGGUCAUGUGAGUUUUCUGGAGGACGGCAUACUAAAAGAAACGAUAGUGGUCGAGAAAUUGCCGGAGGAUACGCGGCACACAAAGGAUGAGAGGAAGAUGAGUACUCGGCAUCGGGUAAUCACAUCUCUCACAGCUGGGGCCAUGGCUGGAGCUUUCGCAAAAACCGUCAUCGCACCUUUGGACCGAACGAAAAUCUACUUUCAAAUAUCCAAUAAAAAGUUCAGUGCAAAGAAGGCGGUGAGUUUUCUCAGGAACACGUGGAAGAAUGAGGGCUUCCUACGGCUAUGGCGGGGAAACACAGCAACCAUGGUGCGUGUCAUGCCCUACGCGGCCCUGCAAUUCUCCUCCCACGAGCAGUGGAAGAUCCUACUCUCCACUGGAGACGGUGCUAAAUAUCUAAGUCCAUUGCGGCGGUAUGUAGCUGGUUCAUUAGCUGGCACCACUGCUGUGACAUGCACGUACCCACUGGAUCUAGCACGUGCUCGCAUGGCUGUCACGAAUGCCCACAAGUAUAAGUCAUUAUUCUCUGUGUUCAGUAAAAUUGUGCGUGAGGAGGGUGUGAGGACAUUAUAUCGAGGGUUUAAUCCCACUGUUCUUGGAGUGAUACCCUAUGCUGGUACCAGCUUCUUCACCUAUGAAACGCUCAAGAAAUUCCAUGGCGAAUAUUCGGGACAACCAGAACCGAGGCCCUGGCAACGGCUGCUGUGCGGGGCGUGCGCCGGCCUGUGUGGUCAGUCGGCUUCAUACCCGCUAGACAUUGUACGGCGGCGCAUGCAGACGGCCGGGGUGAGCACGCUCGGACAUCAUUACUCCACGAUUGCUGGCACUGUGAGAUAUGUGGUGCAGACGGAGGGCGUUAUAGGUGGUAUCUACAAGGGACUGAGCAUGAACUGGAUCAAGGGCCCCAUAGCUGUCGGCAUCAGCUUUACGACCUUUGACAUCAUGCAGUCGGUCAUCCGCCGGAUUCCAUUGUUCUACGAGGCGAGAUAGCACUGAAUGAGGUGUGACGUCACACUAGAUGUGCUAGCAGCGGGUGAGAUGACACCAUGGUAGAAUGCGUUGCCUUGUGCGAUCUUACGUCACAUAAAGCCUAGCGCACACACCCGAGCAAAA